CCACGCGUUGUUGUUGUUGUUAUCGCUUAACAGCACGAACUUACUACUUAUAGCAGUAGACAGCGAAAUAAACGGUGAUAAGCAAAAGACGGACAACUAAUAGAUAAUUCACCAAAGGUUGCAUCCAAAGAUAAACUCACAAACGAUUUCGCCAACAGAUGUUACAAUUCGUACCGUACACUCUGAAAUCGCGAAGCGUCGAGGGAAUCAAGGUCUGCAGGUCUGUGAUCGACAAAUCGUCGUUUGUCCCGCUUGCAAGAAGAAAAUACAACAGAAUGGUCAAAUAUUUAAAUCAGUCGGAAGCUAUUAACGUUGACAAAGACCUGUUUGAGAAGUAUAAAUUUAGUGUAGAUCAGUUAAUGGAGCUAGCUGGACAAAGCUGCGCCGUUGCAAUUGCGAAGUCUUACCCGUUGUCGUCGGACUCGGAGGACGCCUCUUCCAACCGAGUAUUGGUAUGCUGUGGGCCUGGCAACAACGGUGGCGAUGGCCUGGUUUGCGCAAGGCACCUGAAACUCUUUGGAUACUCGCCAGAGAUCUACUAUCCAAAGAGGACAAAUAAUGAGCUAUACCAAAGGCUAUUGCAUCAAUGCAUCGAGAAUGAUGUACUUGUGCUCGAAAAUCAGCGCAUAGAGGAAGCAACUGCAAAUUCGACAGUUUUUUUGCACAAAUAUGUGGUCGUAGUGGAUGCUCUUCUGGGAUUCAGUUUCAGACCACCAGUGAGAGAGCCUUUCGUUCAUAUCAUCGACAUGUUGAAAAGUACAAGCGUGCCUAUUUGCAGCGUGGAUAUACCAUCGGGCUGGGAUGUCGAGAGAGGCCCACCUGAGGAUGGUGGAAUAAAGCCACAAAUGUUGAUAUCUCUAACGGCACCAAAAAUGUGCGCGUCUAAGUUCGAUGGAAAGUUUCACUAUCUGGGAGGACGAUUUGUGCCUGAGAAGUUAGAAUCCCAGUAUAAUCUCAAUCUACCGAAAUAUGUUGGCACAGACUUUGUUGUUCGACUAUAACUAUGACAAAUGCUUACAAAUCCUAUUCUAUUCUAAAUCCUAUCCCGUACGGAAUGCGUUUUCAUCGUCGGAAAAGUACAUUUGAAUUUGUCACGUGACCAACUUUUAUCAAUUAUUGUAUUAGUUACUCGAAAGAAACAUUUAGCUGAAAAAUGAUCACAAACAAUUCAUAUUUCUCCUUGUCCUCCAAUUGUUUACGAAUUGCAGUUAUUUAAAUUAUAUAUAUAUAGGAUUAGAAUUUAACCAAUUAGAA